GCAUCUGUUUCAGUCUGUCUCUGUGAGAUGCAGCACCAACAGAGGAGAGAGGGGGAGACGAGCAGAGGGAGGGAGGAAGAAGAGAACAGGGAGGGAUAAGAAAAGAGAGGAGAGAGGAAGAAGAUAGUGCAGAGAGAAAGAAGAGAGAGAAGAAGAGGGAUUGAAAUUUUAAGAGUGAACAGAGAGGGAGACAAGACAAGUGCAGCCAAAACACAGGACCAAAUCAGAGGGGGAGAGGAUGGUGCUGCAGCUGAGCAUCUCUGCCUGACUUCUGUGGAGUUUGGACUCGGAUAUGACAGAGAUGCGGCAUCUAAGUGUCUGAGCCUGAGCGUCUCCAGUUUGUGUGUGUGAGAGUGUGUGUGUGUUAAUGUGUGUGAAGCCAUGGCGAGUGCUCAGCCGGGGGUCCAUGCAUUGAAACUCCAGACUCCCUCUGUCUCUCACACACUGAGGAACGGAAGCAACUUCAUUAAAUGGGACGAGGAUCUGUCCACAGUUACUCCAGUGACUCUGUAUGUGGAUCAACAUGGAUUUUACCUCUACUGGACUGACCAAAACAAGGACACAGAGUUGUUGGACUUGACUCUCGUAAAGGAUGUUAGAACAGGUAGAAGCACCAAAACACCCAAGGAGGCCAAGCUGCGGGAGCUGCUGGAUGUGGGAAACCUGGUUGGUCGUCUGGAGAACCGCAUGGUUACCGUGGUUACGGCUUCAGACCUUGUAAACGUCAAUCAGCUCAACUUCAUCGCUACACAGGAGGACGAAGCCAAGGUGUGGUGUGAGGGACUGUUUUCUCUGUCUUCCAAUCUGCUGAGCCACAAUCUCAACAGAGACCACAGUCUAUUGAAAGCGUAUGUCAGGUUGACGCUCCAGCUGAACGCAGAGGGGAGAAUCCCUGUCAAGAACAUCGUUCGGCUGUUUUCAUCAGACAGAAAGAAAGUAGAGAAUGCGUUGGAGAGCUGCAGACUGCCCUACGGACGGGGUGACAGCAUCAAACUGGAGGACUUCACACAAGAAGUUUACAGGAACUUCUUGGACAGCCUGUGUCCUCGUCCUGAGCUCAGCAACAUCUUUAAACUGCAAGGAGGGAAAGAUGGCACUUUGUCAGUUGAUCAGAUGACAGAGUUCGUCAACAACAAACAAAGAGACCCGAGGCUGAAUGAAAUCCUCUACCCGCCUCUUCGUCCCGCGCAGACACACGCUCUGAUGGAGAGGUACCAACAUGACCAGGCACAGCUGAAGCAAGGCUCAAUUUCUCUCCAGGCAUUCUCCAGUUAUCUGUCCAGUGAUGAGAAUGGAGUCAUUCCACCAGACAAACUGGAUCAGUCAGAAGACAUGAGCUUCCCUCUGUCUCACUACUUCAUCAACUCAUCACAUAAUACAUACCUGACAGCGGGCCAGCUGGCAGGGAGCUCCUCAGUAGAGAUGUACAGGCAGGUUCUCCUGGCAGGAUGCCGCUGUGUGGAAUUAGAUGUGUGGAAAGGACGAACUGCUGAGGAAGAACCUGUCAUCACACAUGGGUUCACCAUGACUUCAGAAAUCUCCUUCAAGGAAGUGAUCGAAGCCAUCGCAGAGUGCGCCUUCAAGACCUCACCUUUUCCUGUCAUACUCUCCUUUGAAAACCAUGUGGACUCUUUGAAGCAGCAGGCUAAAAUGGCUGAAUAUUGUCGAUCCAUUUUUGGAGAUGCACUGUUGAUUGACCCUCUGGACAAAUACCCUCUGGAGUCAGGUGUCCCCCUGCCCAGUCCUCAGGAGUUGAUGGGCAAAAUUCUCAUCAAGAACAAGAAAUCACACAAACCCUCCAAUAACACAGACACAAAGAGACUGACGGACCAACCUGCCAAUCAGAGCAACGAGCCAGUGUCUCCUAGCAACAACACAGGAGAGAUGGAGGCUGAGAGUGAGGAAGAUGAUGAUGAUGAAGAUGAUUAUGGUAAAAAGGGCUCAGCAGAGCGGGAGGCAAUAGCUACAGAGGAAAUGUCAACUCUGGUAAACUAUGUCCAACCGACCAAGUUCAACUCCUUCGAAGCAUCUAAGAAGGCAGCCCGCUGUUACCACAUGUCGUCUUUUGUGGAGACCAAAGCUUUGGAGCACCUCACAAAGUCACCAGUGGAGUUUGUAGAAUAUAAUAAAUCCCAGCUGAGUCGUAUUUACCCAAAAGGAACCAGAGUUGACUCAUCGAACUUUAUGCCUCAACUCUUCUGGAACGCUGGAUGUCAACUAGUGGCUCUCAACUACCAAACCAUCGAUUUAUCCAUGCAGCUGAAUCUCUUUAUGUUUGAGUACAACGGUCGGAGCGGGUACAGAUUGAAACCUGAGUUCAUGAGACGGCCAGACAAACACUUUGAUCCCUUCACAGAAAACACAGUGGACGGCAUCGUAGCUAACACACUCUCUGUGAAGGUGAUUUCAGGCCAGUUCCUGACUGAAAAGCGAGUGGGUGUGUACGUGGAGGUGGAGAUGUUUGGACUUCCCGCAGACACCAGGAGAAAAGCACUGAAGACCAAAACCUCUCAGAACAAUAACGCCAUCAACCCAGUGUGGGACGAAGAGCCGAUUGUCUUCAAAAAGGUGAUUCUUCCUACUCUGGCCUCUCUGAGAAUCGCUGCUUUUGAGGAAGGAGGAAAGUUUAUUGGUCAUCGGAUUAUACCAGUGUCUGCCAUUAGACCAGGUUAUCGUUACAUCGGCUUGAGGAAUGAGAAAAAUCAGUCUCUGAUUCUACCGGCUGUGUUCGUCUACAUCGAGGUCAAAGACUACGUCCCAGACACCUUUGCAGAUGUGAUAGAGGCUUUGUCCAACCCCAUUCGAUAUGUCAACCUCCUGGAACAGAGGUCUAAACAGCUGGCAGCUCUGACUCUGGAGGACGGCGAGGAGGACACACAGACUGAGGAUGAAGCCGACAGCUGUGCAGAGCGUAAGAACGAUGUGAAAUCAGCUCCACUGGAAAAUGGACUCAUCCCUGCUUCUGGUCCUGCAGGGCACACCCCCGUCGCCACGACGCCCAAAGCUACAGCAGCCAAUCAGCAAGCGGCCACGACAGAUGCACCCAAACCAGCAGCAAAGAGUGAAGACCUGGUUUUAAGUAUUUUGAUAGAUGUCCCAGUGUGUACCAUCGAGAGUCUGCAGCAGUCCAAGGUUUACCAGAAGGAGCAGAGACGUCAGUUUAAAGAGUUGAAGGAGUUAGUCAGAAGACACCAAAAGAAAACAUCGGAGCUGCUGCGAGAGUUCAACAACAAGUACAAGAAAACGGCCAGGCAGUGCAGCAAGAGCCGGGGUUCAUGUUCAGACAGUGAGAAAAAUGACCGCCUCCAGCAGCUGAGAGACGAGCAGCAGCAGCAGCUUCUGGCUCUGAGGCAGGAACAGUACUACAGUCAGAAAUAUCUACAGAGAGAGCAUAUCAAAACGCUAACAGAGCGACUCAGCAGUCUGGCUGAGGAGAGUCACAACACCCAGAUGAAGAAACUCAAAGACAUCUGUGACAAGGAGAAAAAAGAGCUGAAGAGACAGAUGGAUCGAAGGAGAACUGAGAAGAUCAACCAAGCGAAGACCAAAGAGAAACAUCUGGCUGAGGAGGAGAAGAUUGAGAUCAAUAAGUCUUACGUCAAUGAAGUCGUCCAGAACAUAAAACGGCUUGAGGAGACCCAGGCAAAGCGCCACGAUCAGCUGGUGGAACAACACAAUGAGCUCCUGCAGGAGAUACAAGACCAGAAGCCAAAGCUGCAGGGGGCCAUAGAGGCAGAGUUUCAGGAGAAGUUCCAGUGUUUACCUGGAGAGAUUCAAGACUUCCUGCAGGACAGGAAGACAGAGGUCAGAGGUCACAGCAAGUCCCGACCAUCGACCCCUCACGAAACUCUGUCAGAGGAGGACUGAAGGCAGAAACUUGUAGAGGAGUGAGAACAUGUGCAGAAGAAGAAUCGAUAAAAGGAUAGUGGAAGAAAUCAUGAAAGUACAAAGGAUCAAAAUACAAGGAAGUAAGAAAAAAGAGAGAAACUUUGUUAAAAGGUUAGAGAGGGAGUAAGCAAAAGAAAAGAUAUCACGAUCAUAAAGACUGUUACUUCUCUUUUUAAUGUAAGAAUGCUUUAACAAUUUUUUAAUUCCUUUCUAGCAUGCACUUUGCUGUACUUCAGCGUUUAUUCAGAAUCCAUUUAGUCUUGCAUUUAGUCUUAAUUUCUGUUAUUUUGACAGACAACUGAAACCCAACAGUUUGUACUGCAUGACAACCAUCUAUCUAUCUAUCUAUCUAUCUAUCUAUCUAUCUAUCUAUCUAUCUAUCUGUCUGUCUAUCUGACAGUUUGUGCAAUUUGUUUCUGUUCAUACAUUUGAAGAUCAGUGAGCAUACAUCAGUCUUGAGGCCUGUCUCUGUUUUAUAUACACAAUGAGAGACAUUACACAAUUAUGAAUCCAAACUGCACAUUUUUUGAGCAUUUUAUCUUCUUAUUAGUCAGUGAGCCAACAUGGCAGCCUGGCCUAAUAACGUGGCCUACAGUACGGUGUCAGUGACAGUAACAGUACAACUGCUGCUUUUUCACAAACAUUUAUUUAUCACUAUUACCACUGCUGUCUUUUUCACGUUCACACAGUCGCAAACAUUCCCACUUGGAAGCUGCCUGAUCCAGCCACAGUCUGAUCUGUUGGCCUCUGAGCAGGUUUGAUGGAGCAGCUGGAGGUUAGUGGUUUUGCUCAAGGGCACCUCGGCUGUGAUAAUGAGGGAAGGGUUUAUGCUACUCUUUCACUUUUCCCAACCUGAUUUAUUCACAACAUCUUUCUGGUCUAAGACUGAGAAAAUAAGGUACAAUUACAAAUAAUGCGGCAUACUAUGAUAAUAUAACAGAACAAGAUAACACACAUGUACCUUUGUGUAAUAUGAAUACUUUAUCGGAUAUGGAAAAGUACACAUACACGCCUUUUUCUAUACUUGUGAGAACCUUCAUUGGCAUACUGCGUUCCAGAGCCCCUAAGCCCCUAACCAUCACAGUGAAAGACAUAACCACAAUCCUUACCAUAAUCCUAACUCUAACCAUAACCUUCAAACAGGACCUGCUAAAAUGUCCUCAGAAAAAGUCCUCACUACAAUGGUUUAAAACUUGAAAUUGGUCCUCACAAAGAUAACAAUCCACCUCCACACACAUACAGUGUUUUUCUAUGGAGAGCUGAAUCUUUAAAUAUGGAUGUAUUUAUUUAUUUUAGGUUCAUGGUUUUAUGUUACAUCAAUGCAACUAAUGUCAUGUUAUAUUUAGUAGUAUUAUCAGGCCUUGUCUAUUUUAUUUUAUUUAUUUAUUUUGUACAUUGUACAUUGGUUGUUAAUUUAGAAGUUAACAGUCAUUCAUAUAAUUAGUAAGACCUUAACUGGUGUAAGGCACCUGUUCAGAGUAUAUUAACACAUUUUUGAUUUGGAGUGAGGAAAUCAUCUAAAUGAGUUUAAUGUGAUUGGAGAAGAUAACGGAGCAGACUCAGUAAAGACUUGUCUGUACUUUGUAUUUGACAAGGUUUAUGCUAGACUACCCCUGGAUCAUUUAUUGAAUCCUCACAAGUUUGAUUAUGCACUUUAUUUAUUUCUUUAUUUGUUUGUGAGAUUUAGGGAGAAAAUUAUCUCAGUGGCAGAUUCUGUUGAAAUUAUAUACCAUAGCAUGUCAGUUAACUUAAGAUUUUUACUGAUUUAUGGAUCAUCAGACAGAUAUUUUUUCCAUAAGGAAGAGGAUUUGCACAGAAAGAUUACACGACUAAGUGGUAAGUUAAUCAGUUUUUUUUAUUUCUUUCAAAAUGUUUUCUGACCAGUAGCAGCAACAUCCCAAGAGUUCCCUCAGACUGCGACAUGGUCUGACAGUUGUUAGAUGUGGAGGGGCCAAAGAGUCUGCUGCCACUGCAUGAUUUAUUUGUUUUAUUGUGAAGUUGUUUUGACAUAGCUAUCACUAUGAUGACUACUUAUUUAUUGUUAUUUUGAUGAUAAUUAAGUAACAAUAACAUGAUUUAUAAAGGUGUUUCAGAAUGAAAAUGAGUCUACUUUUUUGUAAAAAUGUAAAAUGAAUGGAACUCGUCAUUCUUUGUACAGUGAUCUUCCAGAAAAUUAUCUGUUGGAACAUUUUCCAUGUUUUGUUUCUCCUCUGGACUUAUACAACUGAAGCUUAAGCUGUGUUCAACAACCUUUUUUUCAGAGAAUCUUUUCUUUAAAUAGAAGCCGCUGUCAACAAUCUACCAAUCAACAAUUUCGGCCACAGUCUGUACCUGACCUCGUAACGGUAGCCUACACUGCGAUGUUCAUGGCAAUAUAUAGACUCAGCUGCUAACUCUUUGUGCUAACUAAAUUAAAUUAUCUGUUAAAACAUAUUCAUGUCUGCACAGUGGCUGAGGUUCUCCAGCAAAAUGCCUUGUUGAACGCACCCUGGCUUUAGUGAUUAAACUGAGCAUGCUUUAUUGUCUUGGAUUUCUCCACCAGUUAAAUUGUUCCUUGGUUUUAAUGAAUGCUAUUUCAAGACCGGUUGAAAGACUAUUAAAAUAUUUGAAUUAAAAA